AUGACGACGACGACGACGACGACGACUUCUGAUGAACCAACGUCAACAGCUGCACUUCCGCCAUCGACGACAACUGAUCAAUUACUUGAUGGCAAUGAGCCGGAAAAGGCGAGCAACAGCGAAGCGGUCUCAAACAUUAUAGUCGAGAAUUGGAUAUUUGCUCCAAUUGCGAUCACAAUUCAAAAAAUGAACGUGAACAAGAACCAGCAAGUAAUUCACGUUGAUUAUAAGGAAACUCGAAAGGAGUUCCUCGUUCAAUCGCUCAUCCCAUUCCUUUUCGCCGGACUCGGCUUAAUUCUUGCCGGAAUCCUGUUGGAGAAUGCUGAGGGCUCCUAUUUGUUCACUCAACUCCCCGAUGCUGUCAUCAUGGUCCCAACGCUUGUCGGACUAAAAGGAAAUCUCGAAAUGACGUUGUCGUCGCGACUAUCGACGUUGGCGAAUUUGGGGUUCAUGGAGCGACGCAAAGACAAAAUGAAAGUGGCCAUGUCGAAUAUGGCGCUGAUUCAAUGCCAGGCGAUUGUGGUAUCGUCUCUAGCCGUCGUUCCGGUCUUAUUGAUAGGAGAGCAGCCGAUCUCGUUCGCCGAUACUCUAUGCCUGCUUCUGUCAGCCGUCGCAACUGCCUCUCUCGCCUCGUUUGUUCUAUCAGUUCUCAUGGUUGUUGUGGUGAUUGCCGCCAGGAAAUAUAAGCUGAAUCCUGACAAUAUUUCGACACCAGUGGCAGCCUCUCUAGGCGAUGUCUCCACAUUGUACAUUUUGUUAACCGUGGGCACACUGAUCGUUCAAAUGAGACAAUUUCAUGUGAUAAUGCUCCUUUUUACACUCACUCUUUUCUAUAUUUUGGCGGCUACUGGAGCAGUGAUGGCGUCCAAAGACCAAUUCACAUUAGAGGUUUUGAAAAAUGGCUGGUGGCCGGUGGUGUGCGCAAUGAUCAUCACCACCGGAAGUGGGUAUGUCCUCAAAAAAUCGAUGUUGGCAUAUCCACCGAUAGCGGCAUUCCAACCCCUAAUCAAUGGACUUGGUGGGAAUCUCGUGGGAGUUCAAGCUUCUCGUAUCAGCACUCAACUUCAUCGAGCUCGCAAAAACCGCGAGAUCGAAGUGAAACCAAUGUGGAAAUAUUUGAGCCCAAUCGGAGCAUUCUUCAAAAAAUCAGAAGACGCCCUCGCCGCCCAAAUUCUUCUCGGAAUCUCGAUUCCUUCGAAUCUUCUAUUUAUUCAAAUCAUUUUCAUCGUCGGUUGCGGGUUUUCAAAUACGAUCGGUUUUACCAUUUCAUUCCUUCUGGUUUGCGCAAUUCAGGUCGCAUUUCUCCUUUACAUCUGUCAAAUUCUCGUCCGGGCCAUGUGGGUAAUGCGAAUCGAUCCCGACAAUUCGGCGAUUCCAUUUCUGACCGCGUUGGGCGAUCUCGUCGGAUCAUUGCUCCUCAUUCUCUGCUUCUGGAGUCAAUGGAUGUAUUUCGGAUUGCCGGUGUCCGCAGCACAGCUUGCUAAUCACAAAUUUGGGCAUUAG